AGUCAAGUUUCCCCCGUUAAGAACGACCGACCGCCACUCUCGAUCAACAUCAUCACUGAUCCUUCUCUCGACUUAUUUCCAACGCAAUAUCUCACUCACCAAAACGACAACAUGGCUUUCUUCAGCUCUGCUCAGGAACUCCGCCUCGAGGACAACCACAUCCUCCAUGCCAAACUCCGCAAGGUUGACGGCGAAUGGGUUGAUGCUCAUAUCGACUUGAACGCGUGGAUCGGCAACGACAAUGGCCGCUUCCACUGGGACGGUGCUGAUUUCGCCGACUCCGCCGAGAACAUCCGCCUCUCCAUCGAGGGAGACGGCCCUGUCGCUGUCCUGCGUGCCGACCUUCGCAACAUCGAUGGUGAGAUGGUCGGCGCCGACUUGAACCUCUCCGAGCGUCUUGGCAACAAUGACGGCUCCUUCCACUGGGUCUAAACGACGGGACUUCUUUUGUGAUAUGGACAGAGCUUUUGCUGGGACAUGAUGGUAUGGCACGAUGAGCUGCAUGAUAGAACCUUGUGGCAGGACACAGUGGACAUUAUGAUAACGUAAAAAGGCUAUGUUGCUUCUAAGUUGCCAAUACAAUGAAUUUCAC